AUGAUUCAGACUUUCCAAAAACCAAACCAAUCAAUUCGCAAGGUUUGCUUCGAAGUGAGCAAAAGAGGUGAACAGAAGUCUCGUCGUUAUUAUUAUUAUGGUCGUUAUUAUUAUCGUUAUUAUCUUUAUCGUCUUUAUUAUGGUCUUUAUCUUCUUUAUCUUUAUGGUCUUUAUCUUCUUUAUCUUUAUGGUCUUUAUCUUCUUUAUUAUGGUCUUUAUUAUCUUCUUUAUCUUCUUUAUCUUUAUCUUCCUUAUGGUCGUCUUUAUCUUCUUUAUCUUCGUUAUUAUCGUCUUCUUCGUUAUUAUCGUCGUCUUUAUGGUCUUUAUCGUCUUUUUUAUUAUCUUGGUGGUUAUCUUGGUCUUUUUCUUUAUUAUCGUCGUCUUCGUCUUCGUCUUUAUCUUCUUUAUUAUCUUUAUCUUCUUUUUUAUGUUCUUUAUUAUCUUCUUUAUUUUGGUUAUCUUCUUCUUUUUUAUUUUGGUUAUCUUCUUCUUUUUGGUUAUCUUCGUGUUGUUCGUUAUGCCUUAUUUCUAUUGUAUGUUCUAAAUCUUUAA